UUUGUGCAACAAGCAGUUACAGCGAAACGGGCCACAGCCAGUAACUUCCGAAGUGUGUUUAUCUCUUGCACAUGACUUUCGACUAAAACAGUCUCUCCGCUCCCUGGCGUCACCUGGCGGGUGACCGGCGGCCACCUAUCGCAGGGCUCAUGAUCGCUGGAGUUCCGGACAGCCGCGCUGCUGACACUGACGCCUGCACGUAAACGACUGGAUGGUUCGACUCCGGGAUGGGUCUCCCUCUUCGCAGUAACUCUGCUUGACUCUGCUGCUUGUCACCCUCCGCACCCUCGGCCUGACCCCUCCCUCUGACGAAGCUCGGCGACUGCGGGCCACUGAGGAAGAGACCAGCUGGACAAGUAAAGAUGUUCCAUCUUCUCACUUUCCUCAUCCCUCUGUCUGUGGUGCUGGUUGCUCAAGGAGAAACCUCUGUGACUGCACCCAGCCAUGAUUCAGUUCAGUGCCUUGACUGGGGUGUGCAGAAUGCGGGCGCAGUGCGGGUGUACCAGGGUGAGAUCGGCUGGCUGCGCUGCCCGCUCUUCUCCCGGAACGCCAUCUACAGCUACGCCUCAACCCAGACCGCCGGCCUCAGCCUGUUAUGGUACUGGGUCCAGGCUGGCCAGACCCUGGAGCAGCCCAUCAAUCUCAGCCUCCCGGGUCAGCGGAUCAGCAAAGAGGGCGAGCGGCUGUGGUUGGAGCCCGCAGCUGCUGAGGAUGCAGGACCCUACAUCUGCAUGCUCAGAAACAGGACGUAUUGUGUGAAGGUGACCGUGCAGCUGGAGGUGAUCCCCAGGGACAGUGGGGUGUGUGUAGCUACGGCAGCAGUGGACCACCCCCUGGUGAAUAUUUCCUUGGAGGCAGGGAAGACGCUCCACUGUCCCGACCUUGAAGAAUUUCAGCUCUCCCACAAAGUUCAGUCUGUCACCUGGUUCCACAACUGCCGCAUGGGUUCAAGAUGGAAUGGCGACCGGGAGGUGAAGGGUCACAAGCUUGUAGUUCACAUCAUGCGCACACCGUUUGCGGGGAACUACACCUGUGUGGUCACCAGUGAAAAAGCCCUGAGCUUCACCAGGGUGGUCAAUGUGCGGGCUAUAUCCUCCUACCUGUGGCCAAAAAACCCGGUCAUACACAACCCAGAUGAGCAUCAGGUCUUCACCGUCAAAUUAGGAUCUGAGGCUCACCUGGUCUGCAGAGUGCUCUUGCCCCUGAUGGAGGGAGAGCCGGAGCCACAGGUGUGGUGGGACAUCGACGGCACAAGAGUAGAGCAGCUGUCAGAUCCUCGCAUCACAAACAAAUGCAGCUCUGAAGUGGACAGUCUCGGGGACCAAGUCAAGGAGUGUGUUCUUCUUGUCCAGGAUUUCACUUCCCACGACCUGCAGCGGAACUACACCUGCCAUGGCCGCAACAGCAGGGCCCAUGUCUCCAAGAAAGCAGUGCUCAAGGCUGAGAAGUACCUGCCCUCUGUGGAGCUGGGCUGCGGUCUGGGUGUAACACUGUUCCUCAUGCUGGUCCUGUUUGUGGUCUACCACGUGUACCGGCUGGAGCUGCUACUGUUGUACCGCGCCUACUGUGGUACCGAUGAGAGCGCCACUGAUGGGAAGGAGUACGAUGUGUACAUCUCCUACGCCAGGAACAGUGAAGAGGAGGAGUUUGUUCUCCUGACGCUCCGAAGGGUCCUGGAGAACGAGCUGGGAUACAAAGUGUUCAUCUACGACCGGGACAGCCUGCCAGGGGGGACCAUCACGGAUGAGACUCUGCGUUACGUGGGCCGCAGUCGGCGCUUGAUGGUGGUUCUGAGUCCUCGGUACGUCCUGCAGGGGACCCAGGCCCUGCUGGAGCUCAAAGCUGGGCUGGACACCAUGGCGCGGGCCGGGGACCUUCGGGUCGUUCUGGUCCAGUACCAGCGCGUCAGCAGGGCCAGCUGGGUCCGGGAGCUGCGCAGAGCCCGGGUUGCACUGGCUCUGAUCCAGUGGAAGGGGGAGAAGUCCUCUGACCUCUCCUCACGCUUCUGGAAGCAACUCCAAGUGGAGCUUCCCAUCAGGAGGGCAAAAGCCACACACUCUGACGACAAUGCCGUACUCCCACUGACAAUGCACACAUACACUGACAGCAAAUAAAAACACACGGUCUGAUAACACACAUACCCACACUCACACAUUGGUCUCACACAUACACGCAGUGUAGUUAUAAAUCCAACUCGUGUUUAUUCACAUCUGUGAAUAAAAGUAGUUCUCUUCAUGGUAUGGUCAAGAUUAUGUCACAUGACAAUCUGUUAGGUCUCUGUUAGAUUUCACCCAUCCUCAUUUUCACAACCAGUCAUGGACACUUUCAUAUUCAUGUAUAUGCUAGCUAACUCAUGACAUCCUCUCCAUGGAACAUUAUCAUGUUGCUGAGGCAUUAUAGCAACAAUGUAUGAAUGUUAUGCGUUUAUGCAAGAAGUGCAGCCAAGUUAAUCCUCAUAUCUGUGACAGAAUGAGGCUGACAAGACUGCGUUUGCAAGGAAGAGUCUUACAGUAUGAAUCAGAGCUAGACACUAUCUGGUCCCAUUCUGAUCCUGCCCAUGUUCUGUGAUUUGGUCAUUAACACUCUGGUUAGUUCUAAAAAAACAGGCUUAAUAAAUAAAAAACAGGUCAGUUGAUACAAACAUGAAUUGAAUCCUAUCUUCCACAGACAGAAUGUU